AUGUCGAUCCCAGACCGAAGAGCCGAAUUAGAGAGAAAGAAAGCGAAAUUAACCGCUUUACGUGAAGAACGGCUUAGAAAAGAGGAAAUCCAACUUAAAAGUUCCGUGCAAUCUGUUGGUUUUCCUCGUACUGAAUGUACAUACGUUGAUGGAAUUUUAAGAGAAAUUGGAGUUAUCGAUAAUAUUGGAGUAAAUGGGAAAAGUAAUGAUGAAAAUAUUAUAAAAUCGGUUAGUACAGUUACCCUUGACUCAAAUCCCGAUACAGUUAAAAAACGUUCUCCAAAGCUAUCUCUGACAGGCAUCAUACAAUGUAGCAUUGAUUCAAAGGAAGUUAUAACUCCAACAAUUGAACGUUGGAACGAUGACGCCUCUCGGUCCUUUGCUGGAUUGCAAAGCUAUGAAUGGGAUGACGAAAUUGGAGUCAAUCCGUACGCCGAACUGGACGCCCACCUUCCUGAUGUUUCAAAAAUUAUCGCGGGACUUGAUCUCUCAAAAUCUGUCAGAUUUAAUCGCCCUGAUCCCGCCAUUAAAAAUGCUCAAAUUCGCGAGUUUACAGAGGAGGAGAAACAGACAAUAAUGGAGGGUGAAAGUUUUCAAAAUUUCUUCUUUCGAACUGCUCGAAUUGUUCAAAGGGCGCUAGAUGAACCGCACGAUAUAUUUUUCGAUUAUAGUGGCGCAGAGCGUGAAAAUGAUGCGGAGGGCAAACGGCAACAAGUGAAGUAUAUCGGCGAUUUCUUCGACAAGUUCUACUUGCCCAACGGUGGUCGAUGCUCAAUUGUGGCAUUAGACUGGUCCUCCAUAUACCCCGAGCUUCUUUUGGCGGCUUAUCAAAGUCGAGAAGGCAGCGUGGGAUUAGCAGCAUCGGGCAAUGCUAACGUAUCGGUUGAGAGCUCUUGUUGUUGUCUGUGGAAUUUGAAACAUCGUCAAAGUGCUCCGGAGUACACUUUCAUUUAUCAGGUGGAUAUUACUGCCGCUAUUCUGACCGAAUUCCAUCCUUCAACAGUGAUUGGCGGAACCAAAGGCGGACAGAUUCUUCUUUGGGAUACUAGAUCAAAUCGUCGAACACCAGUUCAGAAGACGCAUCUCGCAGGCAGUGGGGCCGCUCACGUGGAAGCAAUCUGUGGCCUCGGCGUUACGGGAAGUCGUUCAGCCAAUCAACUGGUCAGUGUCUCGUCAGAAGGUCGUAUGUGUUCCUGGUCGUUGGAUAUGCUUGGUGCUCCUGUUGAGACUAUCGAUCUGGGUCCUCCUGUUACAACUGGGACUGGUAGCAUGACAUCCGGUGGUGGGAUUAAGAGAUCUACGAAUCCGAUUACCCCCACCUGUUUGGCUUUUCUACCUGGAGUAGAUUCUAGUCGAUUCCUUAUUGGAUCGCAGGAUGGAACUGUGUAUGCAGGUUCAAGGAAUGUGAAGAACGCGGGCUUGAUAGACUCCUUCGAGGGUCACAAGGCACCAGUGACAGGUGUAGCUGUACUAGCCAACGCAGAGACGGCUGGUUUAAGCUCUACUCUAGACGACGGUUCAUUGGCUAUUGUCGGAGAGUACCCCCUCUUUGUUUCCACUGGUAUGGAUUGCAGUGUACGUCUUUGGAGUGCCCGUGACUCCCCGGCCUAUCCUCUGCUCGCUUUUGAGGAUAGAAAUGAUUACUUUGUCGGCUGUGACGCCUCCCCUAUUCACCCGGCCCUCUUUGCAACAACAGACCUUUCUGGAUGCCUCGAUCUAUGGUCACUCAACAACGAUCACGAGGUGACGAUUGUAUUGCGGUGUGUUGUGCCUACAGCUUCAAUUCAAAUUGAGGGAGAUGCUCUUCUGAAUCGGUGUCGAUUUCACAAGAAGGGUCAUCACUUAGCAGUCGGUGGGGAUGAUGGAAGAAUACGGCUCUUUGAGCUUAAUGAGAAUUUUGCCACUCCGAAGGCGGAUGAGUGGGUUGAGUUGAAACGACUGGCGAAGAAGUUGGCUACCAACGCAAAAGAGGAAUUUGAUGUACAAAACCAAAAUCGAAAAUUGAGGCACAUGCGCUAA